GAAGCUGGAGUGGGAGCCACUUCCUCUUGCCAAGGCUGCAUUGUGUGAGUGUGUAUUUUAAGAAUUUAUAUUAUAUCCUUUGUUGCUGUUAACUUAGCAAACAUGCACACAGCCUAUCCUAGUGUUUUCAGUGUGCUUAAUGCACGCUGCAACUGUCCAUUUCACAGAUGAGGAAAGUUGAGGCUCAGAGGGGUCAACAAGGGUGGAUCUGGAAUGCAAAUAAGGUCAUUCUGACCCUUGAGUCCUUGUUCUCAGCCACCAUGCUAUGCUGAGGGAGCAGAUUAAGAACCACUGUCGGCUAAUAUCUUCCCAUUUUAUAGAUGGAAAGUUGAGGCCCAGAGUGGGGAUGGGACUUGUUUGUGUUUUGUCUACUAUUGAGGCCUCAGGCCCUGCACUUGGCUGCCUGUGGGGACCAUGUGAACCUGCUCUGUCUUCCUUGGGGCACCUGAGGGGGGAGGGAUAUCUUAUGUAUCUUUCGUGGCUCUGCAGAGGGCCAAAGGGCAGCCUGGCAGUGGACAGCUGGUGCUCUGUGGGGAGACCUAAUCCAGGCCAAGACCUCUAAGACCUUGAAGGUCAAACCACAUCCAGGUCUGACUUCCAGAAAGCUGGGACUUUGAGACUAGGGUUGGGGAGACAGGGUCAGCUUUCCAGCCACUGGAGCCCUCUCUAACCUCGCCAGCUACCCCAUAAUUUUGGGCUGUGUGAGUCAUGGGAAGGAGCCAGGACAAACACACCCUGGGGGUGGGUAAAGGCCACUCCUGUUUUUCCUGCUCAUGAAGGUUCAUUCACUGAAGCCAUUGUGGUGGCAGUGCCCAGAAGUGUCCAAAAGGAUUUCUGAAAAACAGGGUGGAUUCCAGGGCUCCACCAGCUGGCAGAUACACAGGGGAGAGAACCUAGACCUCCUGGGUCCUGGCUGGGAGCUGGGACUGGGCUCCUGAGUGGUGUUUGGCCAAAUUGGGAAUCUUCUUGGAAGAGACGGUUAUUCCACUGUGAGGACAUAGCACGACGUGCUCAUCCACUCUGCUGUCGGUGACUGGAUGGUUUCCCAUCUUGGGCUGCUGUGAACAUUCUGGCAUCUGGGACCUGAAUGGAGAACGCGUCUUUCAGCUACGAGUACGGGGAUUAUGGUGACAUUGGGUAUCUGCCUGUGGACUGCCUGGAUGGUGCCUGCCGCUCCAUCGACUCGUUCUGGGUGGCCUCACUGCUGCUGUAUGCUGCCAUCUUUCUGGUGGGGGUGCCGGGCAAUGCCAUGGUGGCCUGGGUGGCUGGGAAGGAGGCCCACCAGAGGGUGGGCGCCACCUGGCUUCUCCACCUGGCUGCAGCAGAUUUGUUCUGUUGUGUGUUUCUCCCCAUCCUGGCGGUGCCCAUUGCCAGCGGAGGUCACUGGCCAUACGGGGCUGUGGGCUGUUGGGCCCUGCCCUCGGUCAUCCUGCUGUCCAUGUAUGCCAGCGUCCUGCUGCUGGCUGCUCUCAGUGCUGACCUCUACUUACUGGCUCUCAGGCCUACCUGGUGGGCAGCAGCUCGGCGGACACGUGGGGUGCAGGUGGCCUGUGGGGCAGUCUGGACACUGGCCUUACUGCUCACUGUGCCCUCUGCCAUUUACCGCCGACUGCACCACGAGCACUUCCCUGCCCGGCUGGAGUGCGUGGUGGACUACGGUGGCUCGGCUAGGACUGAGGCUGUGGUGACUGCUACCCGAGUUAUGUUUGGCUUCCUGGGGCCACUGGUGGUGGUGACCAGCUGCUACGGUGCCCUCUUGUGCCAGGCAGCCCAACGCCGUUGGCCUUUGGGCAUGGCUGUUGUGGUGGGGUUCUUUGUCUGUUGGGCUCCUUACCACUUGCUGGGACUGGUACUCACUGUGGCUGCCCCGAACUCUGUGCUCCUGGCCCGAGCCCUGCGGGUCGAACCCCUGGUUGUGGGCCUUGCCUUGGCUCAUAGCUGCCUCAAUCCUGUACUCUUCCUGUAUUUUGGGCGGGCUCAACUCCGCCGGUCACUGCCAGCUGCAUGUCAUUGGGCUCUGAGGGAGUCCCAGGACCAGGAUGAAAGUGUAGUCAGCAAGAAAUCCACCAGCCAUGACCUGGUCUCGGAGGUGGAAGUAUAG